UCGAUUCCCAGCACUCGAAGAACGCAGACGCAACCGCAACUGCUGAGAUCGUCGCGAGUUAUUUUUGUUUCGUACUCGUUCUGCCCGUUUUUGUUUCGUUCGGUUUAAAGUGUUUAUUAGGUGUCGCGUUGUGUUUACCGUUGUGCAGUGUUAAACUAUUUACGCUUUGUCUUGUGGGUGCACCACCCCGUCAACCCAUACACCCACUCACCCACUUCACUUGUCAAGUUUUGUGGUGACCAAAAAUAAUCAAAUGACACGUGCUUGAAAUAUAAAUUUUACUAUCCGUCAGUGGCCAAACAACAAUAACAGAAGCCAAACUUGGGAUUACCUCGGCAUUGUUUAUACAAGAGAACGGCAUGUCCUUCCAGCGCAGCUACAGCAGAGUCUGGUGGGGAUCCGAGCAGGGCUCCUCCCUCACCAGUGGCGGUUUCUAUUCGAGCUUCAGCAGUGGGGGCAGCAACUUCGCCCAGCGCCAGCAGCCCUCCUCCCUCGGCCCCCUCGGCAACCUGUCCUGCAUCCAGGAGGUGGAGGACGAGCAGAAUGGCUCCAAGUUAUCCUGGCACAAACACGAUAGUCCCGGCAGUCUGCGCAGCCAGGACUCGGGCUUUUCGGAUAAUGAGGAAUCGCAUCAGUUGCAGCAUAAUCAGCAUGAGGCAUCUCCGCAAUCCCCCAAAUCGGACAAGCAGCAAACCCCCGCAGCCACGCCCACCUCUGUACACUCGGUGGCCACGCCCCCAACGGUGGUGCGCCGUGUGGGCAACUCAUCGUUUUACUCACCGCUGAUUAGUGUUACGCGACGAAUUUCCUUCACCAGUGGCCAGAUAACUCCGAAGGCGAAAUCGGGAGAUGCAGAUGAGGAUGCAGUGGACGCGGAGCUGGAGGCCUCCAGGAGUCGCCUGUUCGAGCAGCUGGACAGCAUGAAACUGGACGACGAGGCGCCAGCUGGGGAGGAGGAGGAUAUCACACCACCACGUCCGGCAAUAAGACGCCGCCGGCGUUUGAUGCGCAAACCGAAACCGGAACCGGAAGAGGCUUCGGCCAGCGAGGAGGAAGUGGUAACAGCAGCACCACCACCACCACCCCCAUACAACAAUGAAACUGUUUACUUGGGAGAGGCGCCACCGCCGUACAACAACGAAACGGUGACCUUCGGCACCAGCGAGCAGGACGAAACCCUCCAGUUGCAACCUUCUCCCUUGAGAGUUAGGGCUUUGAGGUUCACGGCCAGCACGAGCACCCCGAAAAGUGGCUCAAAGAUAGCGAAAAAGGGUAAGAAGCACCCGGAACCGGUGGCCAGCUGGAUGGCGGAGCAGCGGUGGGCCGGCGAACCGGAAGUGAUGUGCACCCUGCAGCACAAGUCAAUUGCCCAGGAGGCGUACAAAAACUACACGAUCACCACGAGUGCGGUUUGCAAGUUGGUGAGGCAGUUGCAACAGCAGGCCCUGUCACUUCAGCAGCAUUUCGAGCGGAGCGAGCGGGUUCUCAGCGGACUGCAGGCCAGUUCUCUGCCGGAAGCCCUCGCCGGAGCCACUCAGUUGCUCUCCCACCUGGAUGACUUCACCUGCACGCUGGAGCGUCGCGGGAUCUUCUUCAACGAUGCCAGAAUAGAAAGGAGGCGGUAUGAGCAGCACUUGGAGCAAAUCCGCACGGUUAGCAAGGACACCAGGUACUCGCUGGAGCGGCAGCACUACAUCAAUCUCGAAUCCCUGCUGGACGAUGUGCAGCUGCUCAAGAGACACACUCUGAUCACACUGAGGUUGAUCUUCGAGCGAUUGGUUCGCGUUUUGGUGGUCAGCAUCGAGCAGAGUCAGUGUGAUCUUCUGCUAAGAGCCAACAUCAACAUGGUGGCUACUUUGAUGAACAUUGACUACGAUGGAUUUGCCUCGCUUUCCGAUGCCUUCAUCCAAAAUGAGGCAGUAAGGACUUUGUUGGUGGUGGUGUUGGACCACAAACAGAGUUCCGUGAGAGCGUUGGCACUGCGGGCUUUGGCCACUUUGUGCUGUGCCCCGCAGGCCAUUAAUCAGUUGGGCAGCUGUGGAGGCAUCGAGAUUGUGAGGGACAUCCUGCAGGUGGAGUCCGCCGGCGAGAGAGGAGCCAUCGAGCGGAGGGAGGCCGUGUCCCUGCUGGCGCAGAUCACUGCCGCGUGGCACGGCCCCGAGCACCGAGUGCCCGGCUUGAGGGAUUGCUCCGAGAGUCUGGUGGCCGGACUGGCGGCCCUUUUGCAACCGGAGUGCUGUACACAAACGCUGCUCCUCUGCGCCGCCGCCUUGAAUAAUUUGAGCCGCAUGGAGGCCACUUCGCACUACUCCAUCAUGUCCAACGAGGCCAUCUUCCGACUGAUCGACACCCUGGAGCACCAGACCUGCGGCACCAGUGUCUUCCUCUAUGAGCAGAUCGUUGGGAUGCUGCACAACAUGUCGCUGAACAAGAAGUGCCACAGCCACUUGGCCAACGGCAUCAUCAUAAAUUUCAUCACGUCCGUGUACCAAACGGAAUUCUACAAGACCUACGGCUCACGUGCGGAGUGCGAUGCCCAGCGGCGGAGCAUCAAGACCAUCCUGCACACGUUGACGCGGCUGGCCAGCGAUUCGCCCACCCUCGGAGCGGAGCUCCUGGAGCAGUGGCAUCUGCCGGAUCUGCUGCGUCAGUCGCUGGCCCUCAAGCCCUCGAAUCACCAACAGCAGCAGCAGCAGCAGUAUCAGAAUCAGGAGCAGCAGCACCUGGACAGCAGUUAUGGCGGAGACAUCUCCCAGUUGGCGCGACAACUGCUCGGCGGCGUUUAUCGGCAGGAGCAGCAGCUGCUGGCCACUCCAACGCAGGCUGGAUCCUUCUCCAGCGGUCACCAGACGCCCGAGGCACAGACCCAGACCAAUUCCAGUGGCGUCUCGAACUCCAGCAGCAGAACCAAGGCCACGUCGUCGUCGCAUCUCAAAUUCAAUUUAACACGUCAGGAGAGUUUCGUCUAGUUUUCACCACCUGAGAAGAGGAUUCGGAAAGAAGGAGUUUUUCCGCAUCUCCACAUGAACUGCAGAGAGAAAAAUAUGUCAAAGUUGACUUAGAAUGUGUACAAAUCUGUUUGCUGAUAAUAUGUUAAAGAAAUUAAUGUCCCAAAAAAGUUAAUUUAUUGAUACAAUUAUUGUUGGAAUAUCACAAUUUGUAAUUUAUGUAAAUUUAGAAACCUCUUUUGAAGUAAUUUAAAAUGUAUCAGGAUUAUCUUAAAUUUUUCCAUUUUGGCAACCAUAUAUUGCUCAUAUUUUCUCUCUGUGUGGACACGUUCUGCGAACGGACACAAGCCGGAAGCUCAGACGUGCGUCAAGUGUUAUUACUUUGUCUAGAAUGUUGCGUGACCCGUUUGGACUCGCUCUCCCUCUCGUUUCGACCUUAUCCUUGCUGCCUGCUGGAUGUAAACGAAGUAAUUUUUAUAUUUCCACUCAGGCAAACAAAACAAACGGAGAGGCGGAGCGAGGAGCCGAAUAAACAGAAAUACAAUUUUUCGUUCAACUUGCUUUUGCUGUCGCCGAGGAAACUUUUGGUAUUUUUGUGUGCUUAUAACAAAAAUGCUCUUAAAGUGCUUUCUCUCUCUCGGUAGCCAGAUUUAUUUUAUAUUUUAUUCAAUGCAAAUGCAACUUUGACAUUUUGCAUUCUCUCGUUGUAAAUAUUUUCACGAAAAUCCUUAACCUAACCCCAUACGGCUGGCAACUUUAAAACCAAAAACAUGGAAAAUUCCUUAGCUGUAGGAGAAAUGUCCUUUGUGCCAAAUGAAACGAGAAAGAAAUGCAAGCAAUUUUUUUGUAUUGUACUUAAAGCAAUUGUAUUGCAUAACAUUGUAUUAUAUAUGUAUGAAAAUAUUUACGCUUUCAACUAUUGUUUGAGACUACGGUUAAGUUAUUCGUUAGGCUAUCAAUUACACAUUGCUUACAUUGCAAUUAUGUCGCUAAAAUAAAACAUAAAAAUAUACGUUUACACAAA